GGGGAAGCUUACCUGGUUGAACAUCUGCCUGCCACGCAGCAACUAAGUACAGCAAAUCCCUACAAGAAUUAUAACCAUUGCUAACUCCUCUUAACAUAAUUGUCUAACAGCAAUGUACUAAAAAAAAAAAAUUAGUUGUGAGAAAUAGAUGGUGCGGUAACACUUUGGAACUCCCUGCCUGUUGACAUCAACCAGUCGCCUUCUCUGUACUUUUUUGCGGGUGUGUGUGGCUUAAACACCUUUUGGGGUGGCAAUGCACAAAUUUAUUUAUUUAUACUUUUCAUAUUUAUACAUUUCACUAAUUUUACAAUAUUUUUUGACAUUUCAAAAUUUGACUUCCCCCUCUUUCAGCGGUUCCUUAAAUUUGUUUUUAAUAUCUUCUGCAUAUCCAAAUUAACAAUUUGCUCAUUUAUUCAUCUUAUUUAAAUAUAUACUCUUAAGGCUUAAACGAUGCGGGUGCCACUGUGGUCUAAACCACAGAGCCUAGGGCUUGCCGAUCAGAAGAUUGGUGGUUCGAAUCCCCGCGACGGGGAGAGCUCCCGUUGUUCGGUCUCUGCUCCUGCCAGCCUAGCAGUUCGAAAGCACGCCAGUGCAAGUAGAUAAAUAGGUACCACUCCAGCGGGAAGGUAAACAGUGUUUUCAUGCGCUGCUCUGGUUAGCCAGAAGCGGCUUAGUCAUGCCGGCCACAUACCCGGAAGCUGCUGGCUCCCUUGGCCAGUAAAGCCACAACUCCGGAGUCGUCCAUGACUGGACCAAAUGGUCCUUUACCUUUAAGGCUUAAACACCUUUUUGUUCACACAAGCCUAUCCAGAUACAUAGAUGUUGACAUCACUUUUGCUGUUGAUUUUGCAUGUUUUUAACUGAUUAAAAAAACCAAAACUGGUCACAUUUCUUGUAAACUGCUAGGCUUUCUUACAAUCAAGUGAUACGCACAUUUUGUUAAAUAAAAGAAACGUCAUUAAAAACUCAGGGUAAAGUGCACAGAAAAUCAAAUCCAUGUAUGCGACCACAGUGGCUAGAUUGUUACUUGCUCCCAAAAUGGAAAGAAACAGAAGUCCCAGCAAAGGAAGAAUAGAUAAAAAAACUUAUGGAAUAUGCAGAAAUGGCGAAACUUACCGGAAGAAUAUGAAUUCAAGAUAACAAACUUUUUUUUAUAAAAGAAUGGAAAUGUUUUAUGGAAUAUUUACAGAUAAAUCGUAAACAGAUAAGAUCAUUGGCAGGAUUAUAGCAAUAACCUGCAGUUUUAUAAGAGUAUAUAUUUGAAGUAGAUGAAUAAAUGAGCAAAUUAAGUUAAUUUGGAUAUGCAGGGGAUAUUCAAAAUAAAUUUAAUGAACCGCAGAAAGAGGCGGAAGGAAGUCAAGUUCUGAAAUGUUUUUUAAAAAUGUAAAAUUAGUGAAAUGUAUAAACUUGAAAAGUAUAUAUAAAAUUUAAAAAACUGAAAAAGGAAAAAGAAAAUCCAACAUAUGGAAAAUGCCUCUCACGUCACCUUGGUGGGAGACGCGAUUGAACUCUCUAUCAUUGAUUUGCCGCUGGCAUGGGAAACGUUCUUUUGGAAGGGGCGUGACGUUGCAGACGCGUCACUGAAUGCAAAUGAGCUGGGGUUCCCCUUCUCCGCCCCGCCUAGGAAGGAGGCAGCGCCUGGCCGCUGACGCCUCCCUGGGUUAUCUUGCCCGCCUUCUGCUUCUGCAUGCCGAGCGGGGCGGAGACGGAAACUUCCUUCGUUUUGUCUUUCCAGAGAGCUUGGGACGCUGCCAUUCCUUCUCUUAACCGAGGUAAGGCUGGGAGGUGUCCUCAGGGCUUACACUAGCUGCGAGGUUGAACCUCAAGGCAGCAACACUUUGGUGAUAGGGUCUCUGAGCAUGGAAAGAGUGCCUCUUCACUCCCUCCUUCGCUUGAUAAAGCCAAUUCUUACCUAUCUCCAGGCUAGGCAAAAUAGCUGGUGGCAUUUAGGGCAACCUCUUGGAGCCUUGGCUUCUGUAUUCUGUAUUUGCCAUCAGCAUGGAUGAAUUUUUAGGGCUUAUUUUAUUUACCGCAUUGAUAUUCCACCUUUUCCGCCACAUGCUAGCUUGCAUGCUCAUUAACUUCAUUAGUUCCACUCUGGGUAGGACUAAUAUUGGAUGCAAGGCAUUGUUAGCAAAAGACUUUUGCAUUAAAACUUUUGUUCCCUCUAGCAAUAAAAUGAAGGUUGAGUGUGAAAAACAGGUUGGGGAGUCUAAGCUGUAGUGGAAUAUAUUUAAAGGAGUAUGUGUUUUUAGUUCCUAUUUCCCUCCAGAGCACCAAAUGAGUAAACUCCAAACUUUAAAACAGCUGCAAUAGUCCCUGCAUGAACGGUCAUUAAUUUGUUCCUGUACAGAGAAGCUUGUUUUCAUACCGUUAAUAUUCCCUUUGUGUGUGUUUGUUUAUCUAAACCAUUUUUACCCUGCUCACCAGCAAAAAAAGGGGGAGGGGCUUGUGAAUGUAGCUCACAAAUGUGAAGGCACUAUCCUCAUGCUUAACAAGACUAAAAAAUAAAAAUACACACAGCACAAAAGGAAACAAGGUUGGGAGGGAGGAGGAAGAAAGCAAACUUGGGCCCUUACCAGGAUCCUUGUUAUGACCAGCUGGAGUGGAAAGAUUUCAAUUAGAGGAGGAGUCAAAGUUGCUGCUUUUUUGACAAAGAUCUAAAAAAGAGGUUUUGCUGGCUUCCUGUCCUGUAGCCGUAUUAAUUAUAAUGUUUGACCAGGUCUGAUAAUACCAAUCUGAGUCUGAAACCAAGCAGCAGCUUGAGGGCUGUUUUUGUUAGCACCAAAGCUGGAGAAGGAAGGGUUAAAACUCAGCUCCACCUUCCUGGGAUCCUAAUUAAUCAGGUGAUCCCCAGCUGGGGCUCCUGCUUUGCACUUAAAACAAAAAAAAAUUCCUGCAUCUAGUUUGUCCUUGUAUCAGCCCAAGUGAGUUUAGAAAGUGAGCCUAGCCUCUUGCACCCUAAUUCAUUCAUUUGAGAUGCUGAUUUAAGAGGCCAACUAACAUUAUUGUUUUACGGGAUUUCCCCCCCCUGACUAGCUCAAUGAUAGAAUUCUCUAUUUAUAAGAUUCUAACCUUCACUGGAGGGACGCGGGUGGCGCUGUGGGUUAAAACACAGAGCCUAGGAGAUUGGCGGUUCGAAUCCCCGCGACGGGGUGAGCUCGGUCCCUGCUCCUGCCAACCUAGCAGUUUGAAAGCACGUCAAAACGCAAGUAGAUAAAUAGGUACCGCUCCGGCGGGAAGGUAAACGGCGUUUCCGUGUGCUGCUCUGGUUCGCCAGAAGCGGCUUAGUCAUGCUGGCCACAUGACCCGGAAUCUGUACACCGGCUUCCUUGGCCAGUAAAGCGAGAUGAGCGCCGCAACCCCAGAGUCGUCCGUGAUAGGACCUAACAGUUAGGGGUCCAUUUACCUUUACCUAACCUUCACUGGGCACAAGAUUCCAAGAACUGGAAGGGACUCAAAUGGUUUGGUUUUCUGUUCUUGCCACGACAGGACCUAAUGGUCAGGGGUCCCUUUACCUUUACCUAUAUUUUAACAAUCCCAAAGGUUUGAGAGUCAGUAGCCCAGAGGUUGUGACAGUCUCACAGUAAGUUGUGCAUAUCAUCUCCAGAAAAACGACAUUGCAGGGAAGCUCUCAUAGGAUGAAACUGUAUGUGAAUAAGUUGCUAGAAAAACCAGAAAAGCGAAUAUUUUGUAAAAUGUGCUUCGUGUAACAGAAGGUAAUCCAGUACAGCAAUUUUAAUCAAAACUUGAGAUAUGGUAGUUAUUAUUAUUAUUAUUAUUUUCUGUGGUGAUUUGUUGUGGAACAACCCCACUGAAGAAGAUUAACUUAAGUUACCCAGACAUCAUUGCUGGUUGCGAAGAGGGCUUCAUGACAGUGAAAGCUUCUAGGACCCCAAAAUGUAGUGUGCCACUGAUCCAGAUUGACCCCAGAAACCCACAACAGUGUUGUAAUUUUCCUACCACCACUGCAAGUUUCCUACACCCCCCCAUGCCCACCCCCACACAGUGCUUUUUUCGGGGGGUACGCAGCGGUAUACAUACCCCUAAACAUUUUGUGAAUCUAAGUUUGGCCUCAUUGAGGGGUAGUAUUUCAAUAUGGGAUGUGGGUGGCGCUGUGGUCUAAACCUCAGAGCCUUGGCUUGCUGAUUGGAAGGUUGGCGGUUCAAAUCCCCAUGACGGGGUGAGCUCCCGUUUCUCAGUCCCUGCUCCUGCCAACCUAGCAGUUUGAAAGCACAUCAAAGUCAAGUAGAUAAAUAGGUACCGCUCCGGCGGGAAGGUAAAUGGCGUUUCCGUGCGCUGCUCUGGUUUUGCCAGAAGCGGCUUAGUCAUGCUGGCCGCAUGACCUGGAAAAACUGUCUGCGGACAAACGUCGGCUCCCUUGGCCUGUAAAGCGAGAUGAGCUUGCAACCCCAGAGUCGUUUAUGACUGGACUUAACUCUCAGGGGUCCUUUACCUUUAUUUCAAUAUGAGUAGGAAAAUGAGAGUACCCCUAAACAUUUUUUUUUAAAGAAAAAAGCACUCGUGUGUGUGUAAAUUUUGUUAUUAAAUUUUCUGUUUUGCAAUUUAGAAUAUUCAUUUAAACAACCUUAAAAUAUCCAUGACUUCCCUUCUUCUCUCUCCAUGGUUCAUUUUGCAUAGCGUAAAUCCCUGCAUAUUUUAUAUAAACUAAACCAUUCAGUAUUCCAUUAUUACUUCCCUCAAAACUUAUACACACUGUUGAAUUUAUCUUAAUGCUGACCACGUUUUCAAGUGUACACAAUUUCCCCCAUAUAUUCAAUAAACAUUUUCCAAUCUUCUCCAAAUGAAUGUUCUUCUUGUUCUCUUAUUCUGUAAGUUAGAUCCGUAAGCUGUGCAUAUUCCAUCAGUUUAAGUUGCCAUUCGCUCGUUUUCCAUUUUGUGGCUAACGAACCAUGGGCUGCUGUAGUGGUGUACAUAAAUAACCUUUUUUGACACCUGGGAAUUUCCAUCUGAAUCAUCCCCUACAAAAAGGGUUUUUUUUUGGAAAGGUGCUAUUAAACAUAUUUUCUUUCAAUUCAUUAUGGCUUAUUUCCCAAUACCCUUUUACCCUUUUUCAAGUCCACAUAUGAAAGAAAGUACCCUCAACCUCAUUGCAUCUCCAGCACUGAUCUGAUUCAGUCUUACACAUCUGAGCCAGUCUAAAGGUAAAGGUAAAGGGACCCCUGACCUUUAGGUCUAGUCGUGACCGACUCUGGGGUUGCGGCGCUCAUCUUGCUUUAUUGGCCGAGGGAGCCGGCGUACAGCUUUGGGGUCAUGUGGCCAACCAGAGCAGCGCACAGAAACACAGUUUACCUUCCCGCCGGAGUGGUACCUAUUUAUCUACUUGCACUUUGACGUGCUUUCGAACUGCUAGGUUGGCAGGAGCAGGGACCGAGCAACGGGAGCUCACCCCAUCGCGGGGAUUCGAACCGCCGACCUAGUGAUCAGCAAGUCCUAGGCUCUGUGCUUUAACCCACAGCGCCACCCGAGUCUACUUGGAGUUAAAUACCAUCUAUAAAUCAUAUUCAAGUAGCUCUCCUUCAGGGAAUAACAUGCUGUAAACUUCAGGUCGCUCUGAAGGAGCGAGCCCUUUUGAUUCCUAGGGAGAGUGGGUCUGAGUAGCCCGGGACUCCUGUCUUUGCAUUUAUUUUGCAUCUCUAAAACCUCUCUCAGCCAAGACUUCUCUUACAGAAGAUGGUGUCCAUCAAUGACCUGCCACUGGAGAUCCUGCUGGAUGUGUUUGACUUCUUCCCCUCGUGGCACCUGCUCCGCUGCUUCCGUUGGGUGUGCUGCUGGUGGAGAGACCUGGUGGACUCCUUGAACGCUCAGUGGAAAGACAAGUGCAGACGGGCCGGCUACCCCAUUGAGAUGCUGACCAGUCCUUUCCCAGACUGGAAGGUCUUCUACCUUCUCUGCAAGCUGCAGAAGAACAUCGUCCGGAAUCCUUUCGGCAAAGGUGGGUCUCUGUUUGGUGGCAGAGGGCUACCCCUGGCUGCUAGCCUAUGGUUAUCAGAUUUUUUCCAAUGAAUCCAAUGAAUUUUUUUUUUUUUUUUUUUUUGAGGCUGAGUAGCAACAAGGAGUCAGUAGUGGGGAUGGUGAGGCAAAAGACCCUGGGCCCAAGCACACAUGCAUACAGUGGUACCUUGGGUUACAUACGCUUCAGGUUACAGACUCUGCUAACCCAGAAAUAUUACCUCAAGUUAAGAACUUUGCUUCAGGAUAAGAACAGAAAUCGUGCUCUGGCGGUGUGGCGGCAGCAGGAGGCCCCAUUAGCUAAAGUGGUGCUUCAGGUUAAGAACAGUUUCAGGACCUCUGGAGCGAAUUAAGUACUUAACCCGAGGUACCACUGUAUUGUAUAAAGGUGCAAAGCCCUUCUUUCGCACCCUGUGAAACAUAAAUGUGCAGUUGUUUUUUUUAAAAAAACUGGGCAACGCCCACCCACCCGAGCCUCCCCCGAUCUGUCAAAACAAAGGAGGAAGGCGGGAUAUACAAUGGAUUUCUGCCUGCGCAGUUUUCUUUGAUGGGGGUGGGGAAUUUCAAUGUGAGGUGGUGACAAAAAACAAGUUCCGCCCCAAGUACCACCUGACCAUUCUACACCAUUGUACCCAUUCACCCUGUUUUCAUGCUUUGCUCUGAUAUGACCUUGCUAUAGCAAUCGUCGGUCGCCAUGUUGUUGGGGCCGGGCCGGAAUUUUUUCCACUUGGCAAAUUUGUACCGGCCAUUUGGUUUUCGCCUGUCUCGUAGCAAUUGUUGCAACUUUUGUGAGGUUAGGCCUCCGUUUGGUUGCAGGGGAUGUUGUUACCUUCGCCUGCCCCUCCUCAGUAAGGGUAUCCUGUUAAAGGGAUUCAUGAAUACUGUCCAAAGCCUGGGCGUGGGCUAGGGCCAUGUCACAGCCCCUAUGGGGACCCCUCAGAGUGGUGCCGCUAUCUGACGUAAGUUAUAAAGGUAAAGGGACCCCUGACCAUUAGGUCCAGUCGUGGCCGACUCUGGGGUUGCAGCGCUCAUCUCGCUCUAUUGGCCAAGGGAGCCGGGGUACAGCUUCCGGGUCAUGUGGCCAGCAUGACUAAGCCGCUUCUGGCGAACCAGAGCAGCGCCCGGAAACGCCGUUUACCUUCCCGCCAGAGCAGUACCUAUUUAUCUACUUGCACUUUGACGUGCUUUUGAACUGCUAGGUUGGCAGGAGCAGGGACCGAGCAACAGGAGCUCACCCCGUCGCGGGGAUUCGAAUCGCCGACCCUCUGAUCGGCAAGUCCUAGGCUCUGUGGUUUAACCCACAGCGCUACCCACGUCCCCGCCAAUGUAAGUUAUAGGGCACCCCAUAUUGGUGGUUUACCCUUCUGUGGACUCCCUGCAGAUGGGCAGGAGUCAAGAUAUAGUCUGGCUUCACCCCAGUGCCUAUGCCAGACAGCUCACGUUGGUAACCAAUAAAGUUGUGGCCUAUUUUGAACCCAUAAACCAAAAUACUCUCCGUCAGUGUUAUGCACUGAGUUGAAUAGGAUCCAAAAUGCAGCAGUCUGGUUGGUCCUAGAACAAUAGGAUCCAAAAUGCAGCAGUCUGAUUGGUCCUAGAACAAUAGGAUCCAAAAUGCAGCAGUCUGAUUGGUCCUAGAACAAUAGGAUUCAGAAUACAGCAGUCUGAUUGGUCCUAGAACAAUGCAGCAGUAUGAUUGGUCUGCAGGAGCCACCCAAUCCAGCUCCAGAUGGAAGUGAAUCCACAACCUGAUUGGCCUACAGGAGAAUUCCGGAAUUAGCCAAUCACGUGCAGCCCAUUGUGUAAAUAAUGUAUAUAAAGCAGAUACUUUGGGGAAACAUUCAUUCCUCCUCACCACUAUGAGCUGAAUCAAGAGCAUGAAAUCCACUCUCGACUCUGAGUAUAUUUCAGUCAGUGUGUUUUAUUGUUCUCCUGGGAACUUUGUGGCUCAGGUGCCUUGGCACGCAACAGGAUACUGGACUUGAUGGGCCAUUGUCCUGACCUAGCAAGUCUCUCUUAAAGUUCUUACGCCCUCCUUUCUUCCUUCUCCCGCAGAGGAAUUUCUCUACUGGGAAAUCGACAAGCAUCAGGAGCACUGCUGGGGUGUGGAGGAGCUGUUAGCAGACGAAUACCCCCAUGACAACAUCACAAAAUGUUUCUUUGCCUUCAAUGGGUGAGGACCAUGUUAGAGGUUCAGUAAAUCCUCAAAUGGAUUUAGAAGAUCGGUCACAUGGUAGUGGAGGACCUGCAUUGAAUGCAGAAGGUCAACCUCCAUCCAUGGCAUCUCUAGGUAGGGCAGGGAAAAGACUCUUCUAGGAAUCCCUUGAGAGCUGCAGCCAGAGUCAGAGAGCGGACAACAUAAAACUAGAUGGACCAAUAGUCUGACUCAGCAGGCAGCCCUUCUUUCAUGAGGAUUGGAACCUUAGAGAAAAGAACGUAGGUUAGAUGGAGAACACCUGCUUUGCAUGCAGAAAGUCCUGAAUUUGAUUCCCAGCAUCUCCAGGUAGCUCUAGAAGAGACUCUUCUUGUGAUAGGAUAGAUAGAUGCUGCCAUUCAGUGGUCUGACUCAGUGUAAGGCAAGAAGAUCCAGUUUCCUUUUCUCCCCUCAAGGGCUAUUUCAGUAGAAGCAGAGAGUAAAAUUAAAGAUGUCCAUAGGUGGCAGAAGAAGGACCAGAGGAAGGCUUAAGGUAUCUGGUUUUCCCGCUGCCCUCCUCUCCUGCAGUGCAGGCUGCCUUCUGAGGGCUGGAUUGGACUCAUUGGCUGCCAGUUGCCAGUCUCCAAGGGCACAAAAGGUUAACAAGCUGGGCUGGUGAUGGUGGUACCUUGAUUUUCAAACUUAAUCUGUUCCAUAAGUCCGUUCCAAAACCAAAGCAUUCCAAAACCAAGGCACACUUUCCCAUAGAAAGUAAUGCAAAACAGACUUUUAAAAACAACCCCUAAAACAGCAAUUUAACAUGAAUUUUACUAUGUAACGAGACCAUUGAUCCAUAAAAUGAAAGCAAUAAUCAAUGUACUGUUCUAUAAAAUAAGGAAAACAGUAUUGUAGAUGACACAAAUUAAAAUUAUUAUUUUUUCUUACCUGCACUGAUGAUAGUCAUUGCUUGGAUGGGGGGAUUUUAUCCAUUUCCGCAGUCACACAAUCAAUCAAUCAAUCAAUCAAGCAAUCAAUCAGCAGCUGAACUGGGUUGCACACAGGCACAAAAACAAAUUAACCAAAAAGGCCUUAAACCCCCCCCCCCAAAUAAAUAGCAAAAACAAAAGCACCAAACUUAAUAUUUUCCAGAAGUCCAUUUGACUUCUGAAAUGUUUGAAAACCAAGGUGCAGCUUCUGAUAGGUGCAGGUGUUCGGGAAGCAAUAGCCGACAGCCGCAUCAGACAUUCAGCUUCCGAAAAACGUUCAAAAACCAGAACAAUUACUUCUGAGUUUUCGGCGUUUGAGAACCAAGGUACCACUGUCCUUGAAAUGGCUUUGAUUUCCUUCCUCACAUCUCAGGCCCGACACAAAAAUUCAACGCAUCACCUUGAAGGACCACGGCUACACGGAUGAGUUGAUGGACUACGUGACACCCCAUAUCGUGGUGCAGGAUUGGUGAGUGCUGGAACUGGCCUCAGAAGAGCUUGCAGGAUCAAACCCCCAUCUAGUCCUGUUAUUACAGUUCCCAGCCAGAUGGGUGGGUUUGGUAGGUCUUGAGUAGCAGGGGAAAAAAACCCUACCAGGGUUGUUUAGGCGUGUUUGAGGAUUUAUCCUGAACUUCCGAGGGUUAUUUAGCAAAAUUUACAGCCGGCUUAAAAGUAAAGGUACCCCUGACCGUUAGGUCAUCAGGAAACCCCUAUGAGUUCAUUCACGCUUUUGCAUUUUAAUCAUUUUGUGCACUACAGUGUUUCUCAAACUUAGGUCUCUAGCUGUUUUGGGACUACAGUUCCCAUCUUCCCUGACCACUGAUCCUGCUAGCUAGGGAUGAUGGGAGCUGUAGUCCCAAAACAGCUGGAGACCCAAGUUUGGAAAACACUGCCAUACAGGUUAAUUUCUCCCCGGGUCUGAGAGCUUUUCCCAUUGUUCCUUGUGGAAAACUGGAUCUUACUCUCUUAUCAGGUGCGUGGAAAAUCCAGAGAGAGAUUUUGCUUUGCUUAUCUUGCUCAGUUCAGUUCCGUGAGUAAGGCUAGAUUUUUGGCAAGGCUGGAAAAGUGAGAAAAGCUCUCUGACCCGGGGUGGGUGGGAAUUAACCGAAACACAAAACGUUCAAAAUAUGGGUUGGGAGAAAGUGUGGGUGGUUUGCAAAAGAACAAUCUAACAUAUUCAUUAGCAAAUACCGAUUUCAAACCAAACAUCAGAAACAAAUUGAUGUGGUUUUUAAAAUCAAGAUAUAAAUCCAAGUGUUUUUAAAUGACUGGUUUUACGUGGCCAGAAAGAAAACAACUGCCCUCCUGUAGCAGGCCUGAAAUAUAAUAGAAUUGUAGAUUUGGGACCCAAGGGUCAUCUAGUCUAACCCCACCCUCGCAGUGCAAUGUGUGAUGAGCUGCCUGCUUUGGAGAUGCCCCACUUUUGUUUCGAAGGUGCCGCAAGUGCCUCCAAAGCAGCUGGUUUUGCUUCAGCCUUUGGGCUUCAUCUGCACACUUGCUGUUGUUUAGUCGUGUCCAACUCUUCAUGACGCCAUAGACCAGAGCACGCCAGGCACUCCUGUCUUCCACUGCCUCCCGCAGUUUGGUCAAACUCACAUUUGUAGCUUCGAGAACACUGUCCAACCAUCUCGUCCUCUGUCGUCCCCUUCUCCUUGUGCCCUCCAUCUUUCCCAACAUCAGGGUCUUUUCCAGGGAGUCUUCUCUUCUCAUGAGGUGGCUAAAGUAUUGAAGCCUCAGCUUCAGGAUCUGUCCUUUCAGUGAGCACUCAGGGCUGAUUUCCUUCAGAAUGGAUAGGUUUGCAGUCCACGGGACUCUCAAGAGUCUCCUCCAGCAGCAUAAUUCAAAAGCAUCAAUUCUUCAGCGAUCAGCCUUUUUUAUGGUCCAGCUCUCACUUCCAUACAUACUGCUGGGAAAACCAUAGCUUUAACUAUACGGACAUUUGUUGGCAAGGUGAUGUCUCUGCUUUUUAAGAUGCUGUCUAGGUUUGUCAUCUGCACACUAUAAAGCAGCAAUUAUGAUAUUGUCUUUACUCUGCCAGUGACUGGGCAGCCGUGAUACUUUUUACACUUGGCUUGAUUUUGCCUUGUGCCCUUCUCCCCAACAGGUCUGAUGUCCUCUACCCAAAUCCACGUUACAAUUACAGACUGACCGUGAAGCUGCUGGCUGAAGAUUUUAAAGCCCUCUAUACCUGCUAUAUCUCGAAUGGGGAGGUAAUCAAGGACGGCACAAGGAACUGGAAAAAGGUAAACCCAGGAUUUAAGGCAGGGGAAGUACUCAGCCAGGGCAGGAUUUGGGUUUGAUAAGGCCCUAAGCUACUGAAGGUAAUGGGGCCCUUUAUAUGCCCAGCUGUCCUUUGUCAACAACAAAUUGUCGUUGUUUUUUGUGUUGAAUAUUUGCUAUAACGCUAGAUAACAGGUACAACAGCUUGACCUACAUUCAACUGUGCUGCACUGCAGUCUGCAGCUCCAUGCUGCAUGUUGCCAUGCAACCAGUCCAUGCAGAAUGUAGGCACCCUGUAAGCCUCGGGUUACAGCCACUUCAGGUUCCUUUUUUUGGGUUACAGACCGCCAAAACCCGGAAGUACCAGAACGGGUUACUUCCGGGUUUUGGCAGUCACGCAUGCAUAGAAGCACUAAAUCGCACUUUGCACAUGUGCAGAAGCGCCGAAUCGCAACCCGCCCGUGUGCAGAUGCGGGUUGCAAACAUGCAUCCUGCACGGAUCACGUUCGCAACCCAAGCGUCCACUGUAUAUAGAAAUGAGCAAACCAGUGAUAUUUUAGGGAGCAGGCUAGCAGGCGGGGCCCAUUACUUACAUCAUAGGAGCCCACACAACACAAAACACUGUUGCUGUGUGUAGGUUUUAUUUGUUUUUUAUCUUAUAUUUUGGAAAUGUACAUCCAGUUGUUGUUUUUCCUUUAAUUUUUUGGGGGGGAACCCAAGAGAGUGGGGCCCUAAGCUAUAGCUUAUCUGUAAAUCCGGCACUCUGUGCUCAGCAGUGGCCUAGCUUGAGGGUGGGGUGGGGGCAGUAGGGGUAGUUGUCCCGGGUGCAAAGUUGUGAAGGAGGCGCAAAAAGUCUGACACCCGGUGCUACUUCAAUACAGCUGCACCCGCCUGUUGCUGUGCUCUGGUGAAAACUCCUUCUCCCUCCCCAUCCCAAAUUUCCAGACUGUGUACAUCUUCCGCAACUACCCCAGCGGAGUCCGCCAUAUCCAUUUUGAGCACGGCGUGGACUAUGGAAAGCUUGCCAACAGCAGUGUCAUCGUGGGCCCGAACUUCCCGUAGAAGAAGAGGAAAACACCCCGAAGAGAAAGAAAGGGUUGCUGAGCUGCUUGAACCCACCUCACCUGGGGUUCUCUCGGUGUCCCUAUGGAUCUUGGAUGCUGGUUGUGGUCCCUGCUUAAGAAACCUUUCCUCUGAAGCUGUAUGUCUGCAUUUUAAAAGUUAGCAUUGGAUUUUUAUUUUUUAAGGGGAAGUUUUAAAGAAUAUCAAUAAAGUACUCGAC